CCAGGCCGCCAGCCGGGUGGGCGGCGCUCGGUUUCCACGGGAACCGGCCGGGCACCCGCUCCUCCCACCAACCGGCCGGUGCGCGCGGCUGCUCUCGCUUCCGCCGCCAUGUUCAUGCUGGGCCGUGGGCUGGAUCCCAGGGAUAAUCAGACUAAACAAAUAAGAGAAGCUGUGUCAAAUGUGGAAAAACACUUUGGUGAAUUGUGCCAAAUAUUUGCAGCAUAUGUGCGAAAGACUGCCAGGCUACGAGACAAAGCAGAUCUUCUAGUAAAUGAAAUACAUGCUUAUGCAGCUACAGAAACUCCAAAUUUAAAGCUUGGAUUGAAAAAUUUUGCAAAUGAAUUUUCCAAACUUCAGGAUUAUCGGCAGGCAGAGGUGGAAAGACUUGAAGCCAAAGUAGUAGAACCACUGAAAUGUUAUGGGACAAUCAUAAAACUUAAAAGAGAGGACCUCAAACUAGCUUUAACAGCAAAGAACCGAGAAGCAAAACAGUUGUCUCAGCUUGAAAGGACACGCCAACGAAAUCCAUCAGAUCGGCAUAUUAUUUCACAGGCUGAAAGUGAAUUACAGAGAGCUUCACUGGAUGCUAGCCGAACAAGUCAGCAGUUGCAGGAAACCAUUGACAACUUUGAAAAACAAAAAAUAAAAGAUAUAAAGGACAUAUUUUCUGAAUUUAUAACAAUUGAAAUGCUAUUCCAUGGAAAAGCCUUAGAGAUUUAUACUGCUGCCUUCCAAAGUAUACAAAAUAUUGAUGAGAAUGAAGACUUAGAGGUGUUUCGGAGUUCACUUUAUCCACCAGACCAUCAGUCACGUUUGGACAUUGUCCGUGCAAAUUCAAAGUCACCCCUUCAUAGAACUGGUUCACCCAGAACUUGUGCUGGAAUGGUUCAGCACAUUUCUAGGAAUCGAUUGAAAGAGGAGGAGGAGGAGGAAGAGGAUGAUGAGGAGGAAGAAGAUGAAGAUGAGGAAUUAGAAACCACCAAAGAAGAAAGAUAGCUUUUGAAGCCGUAAUUUUUCUUUAAACAUUUUUCCUUGUGUUGAUGGUUAAUCCUAGAUGUUAAGACUAUCCAUUGACAUUGCAGUAAAGGAUGAUUUGAUCAUUUAAAACAAAAUGGUAUUUGUUACCUAUCUUAUGUAUUCUUGAGAGUGUGAAAUUUAAAUGUCUUCUAACAAUAGGCUCUUUCAGUAGACACAAAAUGAAGGUUAUGCCAAUUAGUUUAGUUCUGUAUAUGUAUGUGAGGAAUUCAGUAAGUUUCAAUGAAUUUUGUGUGGGUUUCAUACAUUCCAGAAACCAUGCUAUCUUUUUAGAAUGUCUUCUUAGAAAAAACAUUUGCAACCACAAGGGAACAAAUUUUCUGGUUUAAUUACUAGAUCAUAGUAACCAAAUUCAUCUUCAUUCUCACAAGCUGUGCAGAUUGAUUGUGGAAGCAAUUUAGCUGCUGGUGAAAUUUUCAGAAUACAACUGUCUAUAAUUCUAAAAUGCAAGUAUUAGAAAGAUAUUUGUCACAGAACCCUAGCACAACCUCAUUCUGCAACAUGCCAUAUACUGAGGGGUGCUGGCAAUGGCCAGCAAGCAGAUAUCUGUGCCUGCUCCUACUAAAGGUCUUUUCUAACAGCUGUUUUAAUCUUUAAUGUAGUUGAAUCUCCUUUACACUUGAUUUGAAACAGAAACAAUGCAAUUAAACUGAGAACUAAACUGUUCUCCAUUGAGCUUCAGUACCCUCACUAGAAGUGCCUUCCAGAAGCAUAACUUCUAACAACUUAUAUUUUAUUGAAAUUUAGAUAUAGAUACAAUAUAGAAAAUGGUGAUAUUUGGGAUGUAUUCUCCUUGCAGUAUCUCUUUAUAUGAAAAUGUCUGCAUGUAUUAUCAGUAUUACAGAUGCCAGUAUUUCUGCAUGAGUUUCAAAUUUGCUUGAGACUUCUAUUAUGGAAUAUCUAAGCCAUUUGGAAAUAAUAAAAAUAAAUUCUCUUGUAUUAAUAAGUAUUCAUAAAGUAGUAACUUUCCUCAGUCUCAUUGAUUCUUAAACUGUGAUCCUCAAUACACUGAGGUAAACUCAAAAUCAUGGGAUUGAGGGAAAGCUGAAAGCUUUUUCCAGAAUAAGUGACAAAUAUUAAAUGUACCCUUGAUGGAACUGUAAUGAACAUGCAGGUUAAAGGGGAAGCAAAAGCUCUGAACCAAAUGGCUCAAAUUCAUUUCUAUACCUAGAAAUGCUUCCCCUUACCUUUCUCCUCACAUAAUCUAGACAGAUGUACUUGACUGUAGUUGACUCAUUUCAGAAGAAGCAUCUAUUCCUAUAAGGUAUAAAUCAUAAAGAAAUACAGUUGUCUGAAGAACAGCAAACUAAAACAAAGGUCUGCAAUACAUUAAAGGUUAAGAAGCAGUGGUAUUAGUAAUAUCAGAAAAUUAAGCAUUAUACUGAGCUGCAGUCGUUGGUGGGCUUCCAGUUGUAGAUAAAUCCACAUUAAGAAUUAACACUAUGCUGCCAACAGUACAUUGCUGUGUAAUACAAUAAUCAAGUUUGACAAGCUUUAAUAACACAGUAUAUUAUAUGCACUAUGUUUUCCAGAGAAGCACAAUAUUCCAGCACAAGGUAUUGGCAUUUGCUGGAAGUCAUUUAUAUGAAUGUCUACAUCAGUAGCAUAAGCUGAACAGUAGUGCUGAAUACUGCCCUAGGACUCUGUUUUAUUAAAAUCAGGAGUUAAAAAUGGAUCACUAAGCCAUUUUUCCAUAGCAAGGCAUUAGAUGAAGUGUACCCCCUAAUCAUCUCUACAGACCAAACUGCCCCUUUAACUUUUUUCAUCUACACAGGAAAACAGAGUCAAAUGCCUUGGUUUUGUGGAGAGCUCUUGUUGAAUUCAGAAAUAACUCAAGAAGUCUGCUUGGAUAGUGGCAGGAUGCCCUUGUCUGCUAACCCAGCAAAGUUGUACUCUAUUUUGCUCACUGCCCAGUGUUUACUCUUUGGUAUGUAAGGUAGGAAUUUCCUGCUCAAGACAGUAAGUGCAGGGAUCCACAAAUUUUGUAGCAUCAGGUACUGCAUCCAAUGUUGGCGUUCAGUUGAGGCCCACAUGUUGCUUGCACACUCAACAGACAGGGACUGGAAGACUUGAACCUCCUCUCCCUGCCCACUGAGGGAUUAAAUAAAAGCUUCUAUCCCACUCAUCUUGCACCCAGUAAUCCCUAUGAAGAUUGCUGUCCAGCAUUUUUCCUUUUGCCCACUUCAUCAGCUAGGCUACAGGGAAAACUGGGCACACCUCUGCCAGUUUUGCAGGCCACAUGCAAUGCAUUCACAUUCUGUACUCCAGGUUUAAAGCACACUGUACAAGGGUACCUCCCAACUAGCCUGUGCAACUACGGGCUAUACCUGCUCUGGGGGAAUCAUCUUCAGAGUGCCUGGAUUGCCUUGGGAAAUGUUGCAGAGACUGCCUGUGACUUGAAAUCUUGGGGCAGUACAGAGGGAUCCUGGCCCUU